UAGCGACCCGGGUUUCCUCCUAAAAUGGCUACAAGGCCAGAGACGCGGGGUCGCCCCGCGCGCGUUCCCUGCGGCCGCGCCGCGGCAGCGCUCGGGGCCCGCCGGCCUCUCUAGCCACCGUCGCCUCGAUGGUGGGCAGCCGUGCGCAGCCUUCAGCGCCAGGCGGGGGCGCCGGUUCCGCAAUCCACCGCGUGCGGGCCCAGGACUGCUUCGCUGGCGAGACUGCGCCGAGAUCUUUGGUUGCUUGAGCCUCAGGGAUUGCCAUCUGGUGGGGACGGUCACCGAAGGACACGGGGUCCCCUCACGGGCUCUGGUGCGCACCCGGUGGAGCGGCAUUGCUUUUUUCCCCGCUCCCUCACCUGGCCUCAGGUUCGCCAAACGUUUUCAUUUUGUAGCGUCGUUUGGACAGGCAUCCCGGAGAGAAUCUUCAAGAAAAGGAAAGGCAAAGCUAUAGCCUGUAGCAAAGAUAACAGCAUCAAUGUCAUCCUCCCUGGAGCCAUCCUCAAAUAUGGCCGCUGUCUCUGUGAAUUCCUUCACGUUUGAUUUCACCUUCACCAAGCCAGAAAUUAUACAAUUUGGCAGAAAGUCAUUUACCGUUGGAUGCUGACUCAGAGCUCUGUGAAUGAUGAUAAAGAAGGAGAAAUCAAGAGAGAUCAUGAGAGGGAAAGAUCAUUACCAUGGAUCCAUCUACGCCCUUAUCAGCUGGAGGGAGUCAACUGGCUAGCCCAACGCUUCCAUUGUCAGAAUGGCUGCAUACUGGGAGAUGAGAUGGGCUUGGGUAAGACCUGCCAGACUAUUGCUUUCUUCACUUACUUGGCAGGAAGAUUAAAUGAUGAAGGACCAUUUCUGAUUCUUUGUCCCUUGUCUGUUUUGAGCAACUGGAAAGAAGAGAUUGAGAGAUUUGCUCCAGAUCUUUCCUGUGUAACAUAUUCAGGUGACAAAGAGGAGAGAGCCCACCUACAGCAAGACCUAAGGAAGGAGUCACAUUUUCAUGUGCUGCUAACUACCUAUGAGAUUUGCUUGAAAGAUGCAUUGUUUCUAAAGUCCUUCUCUUGGAGUGUUCUUGUUGUGGAUGAAGCUCACAGGUUGAAAAACCAAAGCUCCUUGCUGCAUAAGACACUUUCAGAGUUUUCAGUCGUCUUCAGUCUCCUGUUGACCGGAACUCCCAUCCAGAACAGCCUUCGAGAGCUCUACUCUCUCCUCAGUUUUGUGGAGCCUGAUCUCUUUUCCAAGGAGCAGGUGGAAGAUUUCAUUCAGCGUUACCAGGAUAUUGAGAAAGAGUCUGAGUCAGCAAGUGAACUAUACAAACUCUUGCAGCCAUUUCUGCUGAGGCGAGUGAAAGCUGAGGUAGCCACAGAGCUUCCCAAGAAGACGGAAGUAGUGAUAUACCAUGGCAUGUCAGCACUGCAGAAAAAAUACUACAAGGCCAUUUUGAUGAAAGACCUAGAUGCGUUUGAAAAUGAGAUGGCAAAGAAAGUUAAACUUCAGAAUGUCUUGUCCCAGCUUCGAAAGUGUGUGGAUCACCCAUAUUUAUUUGAUGGUGUGGAACCAGAGCCUUUUGAAAUUGGAGGUCACCUGAUCGAGGCCAGUGGGAAACUUCACCUUCUGGAUAAGCUGCUGGCAUUCCUGUAUUCCAAGGGCCAUCGAGUUUUACUUUUCUCCCAGAUGACCCAGAUGUUGGAUAUUCUCCAAGACUACAUGGAUUAUAGAGGCUACAGCUAUGAGCGUGUGGAUGGCUCCGUGAGAGGAGAAGAGAGACACCUGGCCAUCAAGAACUUUGGACAGCAGCCCAUCUUUAUUUUUCUCCUGAGUACCAGGGCAGGUGGAGUUGGCAUGAACUUAACGGCAGCAGAUACCGUUAUUUUUGUUGACAGUGAUUUCAAUCCGCAGAAUGACUUGCAAGCAGCUGCCAGGGCUCACCGAAUUGGCCAGAACAAGUCCGUUAAAGUCAUUCGGCUGAUUGGCCGAGACACUGUGGAAGAAAUAGUCUGUAGGAAAGCAGCCUCCAAGCUGCAGCUCACCAACACCAUCAUAGAAGGGGGCCAUUUUACUCUGGGAGCCCAGAAACCUGCUGCGCAUGCUGACCUCCAGUUGAGUGAGAUACUCAAAUUCGGUUUGGAUAAACUGCUGUCCUCUGAGGGGAGCACCAUGGAUGAAAUAGACCUGGAGUCUAUCCUGGGAGAAACAAAAGAUGGCCAGUGGAUCUCUGGUGCCCUGCCGACAGCAGAAGAAAGAAGCAGAGAACAAGAGGAAGGAAAAAACCACAUGUACUUAUUUGAAGGUAAAGAUUAUUCUAAGGAGCCUAGUAAAGAAGACAGAAAAUCAUUUGAGCAACUGGUGAAUCUUCAGAAAACCCUUUUGGAGAAGACUAGUCCAGAGGGCCGGUUACUCCGAAAGAAAGGCAGUGUUCUCAUCCCAGGCCUUGUGGAGGGGUCUACCAAAAGGAAGCGGAUUCUGAGCCCAGAAGAGCUGGAGGACAGGAGGAAGAAAAGACAAGAAGCAGCAGCCAAGAGAAAGAAACUAUUAGAGGAGGAGAAGAGGAGAAAGGAAGAAGCAGAACAUAAGAAAAAGAUGGCCUGGUGGGAGUCCAACGAUUACCAGUCCUUCUGCCUGCCUUCCGACGAGAGCGAAUCAGAGGACCUGGAGGACUGGGAAGAUGAACGCUCUGCCCAACUGGAUUAUGAGGACCCGGACUCGACCUCCAUCAAGUAUGUAAGCGGUGAUGUCACCCACCCACAGGCUGGGGCGGAGGAUGCUGUCAUCGUGCACUGCGUAGAUGACUCUGGCCGCUGGGGCAGAGGUGGUUUAUUCACAGCUCUGGAAAAAAGAUCUGCUGAGCCAAGAAAAAUAUAUGAGCUGGCUGGGAAAAUGAAAGAUUUGAGUUUGGGAGGUGUCCUUUUAUUUCCUAUUGAUGAUAAAGAGUCAAGAAACAAAGGGCAAGAUUUGUUGGCCUUGAUUGUGGCCCAGCACCGUGAUCGUGCCAAUGUCCUGUCUGGCAUUAAGAUGGCAGCCCUAGACGAGGGCCUGAAGAAGAUAUUUUUAGCAGCAAAGAAAAAGAAAGCAAGUGUCCAUCUUCCACGCAUUGGACAUGCCACAGAAGGUUUUAACUGGUAUGGUACUGAGCGACUUAUUCGGAAACACUUGGCCUCAAGAGGCAUCCCAACUUACAUCUACUACUUUCCUAGAAGCAAGGCUGCCAUCCUUCAUCCACAGGCCUCAUCUUCCUCCUCAGGACAGCCGGUGCCUUAACAAUCGGCUCAGCAUCAGAUCCAGCCUUCAGCAACCAGCUAAGAUGUUUGCUCAAAGCUACUGUAAUAGAAUAUUUCAAAAAGGAAUCAGGAUCUGCUGGGCCUCUGAGGUACUCUGUUGUCUGAAUUCGAAUUUUGUUCUCUUGGAUGUGGUACUGAUGUGGUGCUUGUAAUACAGGGAUGCACAAGAUAUUUGGGAAAAUCCUUUGGCAGCUUGCCAGGGCCCCAGUUUGCACAGCUAUUUGCAUAAUAAUAAAUACAUUUUCUAUCUCUAAUGGUUUCUUUGCUUUCUUUCCCCUCAGUCUAGUUUUCGUCCCCUCCAUCAGACUGAUUUCUUUAUAGUGAGAAAGGUGAGUGGAUUAAGGAGAAAGGAAAGGUAAUAGGAGAACAGGGUGGCUCUAGGGGAAGGAAGCACCUUCAGCCAGUUCGUGCUUUGGAAAGAUAGGUCUCCGAGGGGAAAGGCUGAGAAAUGAGAUUCCUGAUCCAGACGUGUGGAGCCCCUCCUGCCCUUCUCUCCAUCCGGCUCAGCAUUCAGAGCUAGAAGAACACACGUUGGCCCAGAGGCCUGUCAAAUGUGACUUCAGAGAAACCAGAAGAUCACUCCCCCUCCCACCGAAUCAGUUCAGCUGCAAGAAAUAAGGGAGUUGUGGAAAUGGCACAAAGCUGACAGGGAAUGUCAGACUGGGGAGGGCAGGGGGCAGAGAACCACAGGAGAAGGAGUCUUAGGAGGAGACACCCGUGUAAGCUAUGGCUUUUCACACUUGGUACAUGAAGUCUCCGUCUUGGCUGACUGUCCUCAGCCAGCCUGAUUUCUGCUGCUUUGAGGCUGUAAGUCUCAGAGCUGGGACCAUGACCUUCUAAGGAGAGUAGUGCUGUUAGCACCUGGGUUGUACUGUUCUGUUUGACUCCCUCUGGGCUCCUUCACCCUUCGACAAUUUAGCGUCUGUUUUGAAGACCUAUUAUACCCUAAAUUCACGAUUCCUUAAUUUGUUUUUCCUAAAAUUUCUUUUUUACUUUCAUUUUUAUUGCUUCCUAUCUAUUACUCUUAACCACCAGCGCUUGACACAUGGGUGAUUAUAAUAACUUUAACCUCUUGUCUGGCAUCUUAAGUCUUAGAAGCAGAACUGGAACUCCAAAAAGGGAGAAUGUAGAGAAAUCUAAGCCAGUGCAUAAGUAAGCUGCCGGCCCUUCAAAGGCAGCCAGAGUCCAAACAGGUGAGGUAUAAGCAGGUGCAAGGAAAACUUGAUUGUCCACAAGCUGUCUACCCUCCUGAAAAGCUGUACUUCCUUUGGAUAUCAGAGUGCAUAGGGCUAGCUGUAGAUGUUUCUGAACAUCUGAGAGGGGCAUCAGAGCGGGGAACUCACCCCCAAAGGGAGCAUAACUGACAUUUUUAGGGUCACAGGUAUUUUUUUUGAAAAAAAAGGGGCUGCUUUUCACCCAAUUCUGUCCCACUUGCUCCAACCGUAUGGGCCUUUUCUCUGGAUGAAGGCCCUGGGCCAUGACUGUCUGCCCCCUGGUAAACUGGGCAAAACAACACGGAAAGAGAUCAGAAAACUCAUGUAGCACUUUCUCCCUUAAACAUGAGGUCACCUGUUAGUGGCAGCCCCCUGCUUUCCUUUCUGACCUCUCCUAGCUCAUCAGUCAAAAAUGCUGCUCUGCUUCAUCUCCGUAUGUCUUUCCUAUCUCAUAACCCCUUCACUCUUCCCAUCAAAGGGUGUCACUGUCUGAGAAGGAAGAAUGAGAGAAGCUACCUACUUUGUUUAUCCCAAGGGUUCUGUCCCCUUUCUUCCACAGCAUCUUUGAUGCCAUCUGGCCCUCCCCUCUGAGGAGGCCAAGGUAGGGCCAAGAGGACAAUAUAAGAUUUUGUUCACGGAUGAGCUUUUGUGGAGAAGUGUGUACCAUAAACAUCAAUUUUAAAAAGCCCUGCUUAUUGAGACA